GGGCGGACAUCGCGAGGUGGCGCGUCUGAGGCUGCGCGUCGCGAGGAGUUCCCACGGUCCUGCCGCCCCGCGCCCCCACCGCGGUCUUCUGCCGCAGAUUUCUGCCACUGAACUCUGAGGCACAGAAUGAUUUGGGAAGUAGCCAUGUUGCUCAGCGUGGUCCUGGGCAUCGGUGCUGUUCCUGUAGAUGAUCCCGAGGAUGGGGGCAAGCACUGGGUGGUGAUUGUUGCGGGUUCAAACGGCUGGUACAAUUAUAGGCACCAGGCGGAUGCAUGCCACGCCUACCAGAUUGUUCACCGAAACGGGAUUCCUGAUGAACAGAUCAUUGUGAUGAUGUAUGAUGACAUAGCCAACUCUGAAGACAACCCCACACCAGGAAUUGUGAUCAACAGACCCAAUGGCUCGGACGUGUACGCGGGGGUCCCGAAGGACUACACGGGCGAGGAUGUCACCCCACAAAAUUUCCUCGCCGUGUUGAGAGGCGAUGAGGAAGCGGUGAAGGGCAAAGGAUCUGGAAAGGUCUUGAAGAGCGGCCCCCGGGACCACGUGUUCGUUUACUUCACCGAUCACGGAGCCACCGGUAUACUGGUGUUUCCGAAUGACGAUCUUCAUGUGAAGGACCUGAAUGAGACCAUCCGUUACAUGUAUGAACACAAGAUGUACCAAAAGAUGGUCUUCUACAUUGAAGCCUGUGAGUCUGGGUCCAUGAUGAGGCACCUGCCCGCCGACAUCAACGUUUAUGCGACCACCGCUGCCAACCCAACGGAGUCAUCCUACGCCUGUUACUAUGACGAGAAGAGAUCCACGUACCUGGGGGACUGGUACAGCGUCAACUGGAUGGAGGACUCAGACGUGGAGGAUUUGACCAGAGAGACCCUCCACAGGCAGUACCAGCUGGUGAAGUCUCACACCAACACCAGCCACGUCAUGCAGUACGGGAACAAGUCCAUCUCCACCAUGAAAGUGAUGCAGUUUCAGGGCAUGAAACACAAAGCCAGCUCUCCUAUCUCCCUGCCUCCGGUCAAACACCUUGACCUCACCCCGAGCCCUGAGGUGCCCCUCACCAUCUUGAAAAGGAAGCUGAUGAGCACCAAUGAUCUGCAGGAGUCCAGGAAUCUCGUGGAGCAGAUCCAGAGGCAUCUGGAUGCGAGGCACGUCAUCCAGAAGUCAGUGCGGAAGAUGGUCUCCUUGCUCGCGAGCUCGGAUGCUGAGGCGGAGAGGCUACUGUCCAGGGGAGCCGAGCUCCGGGCGCACGCCUGCUACCAGGCAGCCGUGUCGCACUUCCGCACACACUGCUUCAACUGGCACUCCUCCACGUACGAGCAUGCUCUGAGACACUUGUACGUGCUGGUCAACCUUUGUGAGCGGCCUUAUCCGAUUGACAGAAUACAGUUGGCCAUGGACAAGGUUUGCCUUCAUUACUACUGAAACACCGCCUUCCUGAUGCUUUGCCCCGUGUGAACACUGCCCCUCACAAUGUGUGCUCAUCCCAGUUGCAAGAUGGGGAGCCGGCAGGAGGCCGCCCCCAGGGGCUCCGGGCGCUGCCGGGGGAUGCGGUCGGGCCACCCCCGGGCCACCCACCCUCCAGGGCCCUUCCCUCCUCCCCCAGCCUCCUCCAGGUCCUGUGUGCCGCUCCAAUAAAACUACACAUUGGCCUG